UUCACACACAUGGGAAAAAACACACCACACCGGCUAAUUUCACUUAUCAAUUAUACAUCAGGCGUUAAGCUCACAGCAGUUCCAGUUCUACAGAGAAUUUAACGAUUUACAAAAUGGCCAGCCAAGAGGAAUUUGAUAAAGCCGCUGAAAAUGUAAAGAAUCUUAACUCUACACCAUCCGAUAAUGAUUUAUUGGAACUUUACAGUUUAUUUAAACAGGCAACUGUAGGAGAUUGCAAUACAGAUAAGCCUGGCUUCUUGGACUUCAAGGGCAAAGCUAAGUGGGAAGCAUGGAAUACUCGCAAAGGUACAUCCCAGGAUGAUGCCAAAACGGCUUAUGUAGAGAAGGUUAAGGCUUUAGUAGAAACUCAUGGGCUAAAAGCUUAAGAAUAUUACAUAAUAAUAUACAUCUGAAAUUUAGAACCAAAA